AAAAAUGUUGUCUAGCAGGUUAAGAAGAUUUGAUCUGUACACAAAACCAGUAGAAGAUUGUCGUGUAAAAACAUCUUUUGGUGGAAUUGUCACACUAGUCAGCUUUUUGGUUAUCGUUUUAUUGUUUAUAACUGAAACUUGGUCAUUUUUUACUGUUCAAGUUGUUGAACAACUUUACGAUUCAACUAGCGCUGACCAACAAAUCGAAAUUCAUUUUGACAUAACCCUCCCAAACUUGGCCUGUGCUCUAGUUACAAUUGAUUUAAUGAGUCAAUCUGGGGACAAUAAAGAUUCUAUAAAAGAUGAUGUUUUUAAACAAAGGUUGGAUAAAAAUGGGAAAGUUAUUGAAGGAACUAAACCUGAAAAACAAGAAGUAAAUACUAAAAAAGAUGGGAAUAAUUCUACGGAAUCGUCCAAAAAUAAAGAAAAAUGUGGAAGUUGUUAUGGAGCUAUUCGAGGUUGUUGUAAUACUUGUGAUGAAGUUAGAGAAGCAUAUAGAGCUAGAGGUUGGGUAUUACAAAAUCCAGAAGAGAUUGAACAAUGUAAAAAUGAUGCUCUUCUUCGAGCGCUCAGUCAAAUGCCUGGAGAAGGAUGCCGUCUUUGGGGGAAAUUGAGCGUUGGAAAAAUUACUGGAAAUUUCCAUAUUGCCCCAGGCGUUCCAAGCACUCAUUCUAGUUCACAUUAUCACGACUUCCAUUCUCUUUCCCCCGGUCGUUUCAAUACUUCUCACACAAUAAAUCAUCUUUCUUUUGGCCAAGCAUUUCCAGGCAGGAGAUAUCCGUUGGACGGGAGAAGUGUUUAUACGGAUAAAGGAGGUAUAAUGCAGCAAUAUCAAUUAAAAAUAGUCCCAACUCGUUAUAUAAGUGAUGGAAAAACAAUUGAAAGUCAUCAAUUUUCAAUUACAAUGUUACAAAAGGAUAUUAUGAAUGGGGCUGGGGGAAUUCCUGGAAUUUUUGUUCAAUACGAAUUUUCCCCUUUAAUGGUUCAAUACGAGGAGAGACAGAGGUCACUCAGCUUUUUUCUUGUAUCUUUAUGUGCAAUUGUUGGAGGUGUACACACUGUUGCUAGUUUAAUUGAUGCUUUGUUUUAUAGUACACAACGGGCACUUCAAGUUAAAGGAAUGGUUGGGAAAUUUAGUUAG